AUGAACCAUGCCCUGCUGCAAGUCGUCUUCUGCUCCUGGUGUCGACUUUCCUACACAUCUCAAAUUUACCUUGACAAUCAUGUAAGGAGAAGCCACUAUGAGGAUCAUGUGAGAUCGGAGCCCAGAGGAAGCUCCAAUAGUCGGCAAACGUGCUCUGAUACUCUCCAAAUGAACACCAGACGAAAUCGGAAAGAAAUAUGUCGCUCCUCAAAAUGUAGGAAGGGCUUUAUGAAUCUCCAUAAUCUUGGUAAGCACCAGUGUGUCCACACAAGAGAAAAGCCACUUCCCUGCUCACAAUGUGGAAAGAGUUUUACUUACCAGUGUCAUCUCCGACAACAUCAGCGCGUUCACACAAAAGAGAAACCGUAUUGCUGCCCACACUGUGGGAAGAGCUUUAAUCAACAUGGCAACCUUCAAAGACACCAGCGCAUUCAUACAGGAGAGAAGCCGUAUCAGUGUUCACAGUGUGACCGGCGUUUCACUGAUCAGGGCACUCUAAUAAAACACCAACGUAUUCACGGAGGGGAUAAGCCGUAUCAUUGCUCAGAAUGCGGAAAGCAUUUUAGAGAACGGAGUAGUUACAGAAACCACCAACUUAUUCACACGGACGAAAAGCCGUACCAGUGCUUACAGUGUGGAAAAUAUUUUCGACAACGGCGUCAACUCAAAGAGCACCAGCGCGUUCACACAGGAGAGAAACCAUAUCUCUGCUCACACUGUGGAAGUAGUUUCAAUAAAAGCAGUACGCUACAACGACACCAGCGAAUUCACACAGGAGAGAAGCCGUACGUCUGCUCACAGUGCGGGAAGAGCUUUAUUCAACAAAGUGAUCUCCAAAGACACCAGGGCAUUCACACAGGAGAGCAGCUGUAUUACUGCUCAGAGCGUGGUACGAGUUAUUAUCACCAGCGUAUUGGCACAGGAGGGAAAACGUAUCAUUGCUCACAGUGUGGGAAAAAAUUUACACGCCAGACUAAUCUCAAAGAGCACGAACUCAUUCACAAAGGAGAGAAGCAGUUUCACUGCUCUCAUUGUCGGAAGAGUUUUAACACGAAAAGGUCUUUACGAAGACACCAGCGUAUUCACACGGGCGAGAAGCCGUAUCACUGCUCAGAAUGUGGGAAGAGCUUUAAUCAACUGGACGAUCUUCAAAAACACCACCGCAUUCAUACAAGAGAAAAGACGCAUCAGUGCUCGCUCUGCGGGAAGAGUUUUGCUUACCAGAGUAAUCUCAAAACACACCAGCGCAUUCACACAGGAGAGAAGCCGUAUCACUGCUCGCAGUGUGGACAGAGAUUCACUUAUUUCAAGACGUUUAAAAAGCACAAGUGCACCAACGUUGAGCAGUCAGAUUGUGCCACAUGAUCUUCGAAUCUAGAUAGAAGGUUAUUGGUGCAGGCGGGCUGGUUUAAUUGUUUCAGAAACUGCUGACCACUGAAACCCCUCGCAUUUUAAUGUACAACACUGUCUAGUUUGGGGGGGGGAAUGGGAAGAUGCCACCAGUUCUGUUUUUUGAUCUUUAACUCUUGAAUUUUGGCCCACUAUACCCUUGGAUCUUUGUUCUUGGCUGAUAGGAGUGGAAUCCAGUGUGAUCUGUAGCCCAUCUGCCUCAUGGUUUGGGAUGCUUUUCUUCUCACCAUGGUUGUAAAGAGUGGUUAUUCAGUCCCUUCAAUACAUCACAAUUUUGCGAUCGCAGAAAUUAACGCAAAAUCCGCAAUAUUCAGAGCAGCUUGCAAUUUUUCAAAAUUACCAUGGAUUUGGACAAAGACACGUCAUGUGACGUCUUCACUGCUCAUUUAGGCAAAGCCCUCUUCAAUUCAUGUGUGUCAAACAUGAGUACAGCUAAAAGAUCUCAUGUACCAACAAACAUUGUUGCGAAAGGUCGUGCAAAACAAUUUCGUGUAAUUGCAAAUUUCGCCAAUUAUCGCAAAAUCUAGCAUUUUUUGCUGCAACAAUCACAGAAAACCUCCCCAGAAUCUUGUACAAACUUGUUAUUUGACGUAUUCUAGCCUUCUUGUCCACUCAAACCAGUUUGGACGUUCUCCUGUGAUCUCUCUCAUUGACGAGGCGUUUCUGCCUGCCUAACUGCCACAGACUCCUGGGGAUAAAGUGGAUUUGGAGGACCGGGUGCAUUAUGCAGUGCUGAGUUGAGUGUGCUGAUGGCUUUGGGCUAGAAAAUGUUCAGUAAUGUGGAUGUCCAUUCUCUGAUGGUCUGAUAGCGCUUCCCAGAUGGCAGCAUGACAAAGCGGUGGUGGCAGGGUGUGCGGUAUCUUUGAUGCUAGAAGCUUUCCACAGUCAACGGGAACUGUAGGUAUCCUCCAGGCCAUGCAGCUGGGUUUCAGUGAUUCUCUGGCCUAUGAUGAUGACAAAGCCCUUUUUAGCCUUUAGAGCAGUUGCCAUACCACAAUGAAAUCCCUUUGGUCAAGACAUUGCCGAUGGCACAGCAGUAAAAUGUAGUCAAGUAUCGGGUCGCAGAAAAUUCUUGAUGUCCAAUUGGGGUUGUUUGGUUUGGGAACCCAAAAGAUUUGGGAACCCCUGCUCUAGAGACUGUUGUGCAUGAAAAUCCCAGGAGAUCAGCAGUUUCUUAAAUACAAAAUUCAGAUUGUUUUUUGGUGUUUUCUAAAAUGAGAGCACGAUAAUUUAGUGGUUAGCAUGUUCGUCUCACACCUCCAGGGUUGGGGGUUCCAUUCCCGCCACUGCCCUGUGUUUGCCGCGUAUGCAUGUUCUCCCUGUACUUCGGGGGUUCACUCCGGUUUCCUCCCCCAGUCCAAAGACAUGCAUUGUAGGCUGAUUGGCGUGUACAAAGUGUCUGUAGUGUAUGAAUGGUGUGUGAAUGUGUAUGUAAUUGUGCUCUGCAAUGGAUUGGCACCCUGUUCAGGAUGAACCUCGCCUUGUACUCCCUGGGGUAGGCUCCAGGUUCCCCAUGACCCUGUAGGAUAAGCGGUAUAGAAAAUGGAUGGAUGGUUUCUAAAAUACCCUUUCUCAAACCAGCCUGUCUGGCAACCAUCAACCAUGCCAGAUCACAUUUUCCCCCAUUCUCAUGUUUGAUAUGAACAUCAACUGAAGCUCUUGACCUGUAUCUGCAUGAUUUAUGCAUUAUGUCGUUCCCACAUGAUUGGCUGAUUGCAUAAGUGCAUGAAUGAGCAGGUGUACAGGUUUUCCUAAUUGAAGCGGCCAGUGAGCAUAUGUAUAUCUAUAGUCUUUUAUGUUCCUUGAAUAAAGUUGGCUCCCUACUUUAAAAUUACAAAUACUCUCUCUUGGUUCUUCAUUUCAAUCCAACACUAUAUCUGCAUAUAUCAUGAAAAGCAUUCAUAUAUUUAUUCUUCUCCAAGUGACUUAGCCACCAAUCCUGGGGGGUAUUCCAGUCUCACGCAUGGUUACUGAACAAUUGAAUGUACUUUUAUUCUGUAGGAAGUUAUUCCUUCGUAUAUCUUUUAUUUUCUAUGGCCGAACGUUUCUUAUUAUUAUUGUUAUUUUUUUUGCUGCCAGCAGAGGGCAUAGUUCAUUUGCUUUUCAAGCAGUAUUCUCAAAACAAUUGGUUUUAGCAGAUAUAAAAAUGAUUAAUAAGCUUAUAUAAACCGCAAUUGUAAUACCAUCAUGAUCAUGGUAAGAAUAUGAAAUGCAGUUUCUAAAAUAAGUUAAUAGUUUGUUUCUCAGUGAGUUACUAAUACUUUAAAUUCUUUAUGCUCCAGAAAUGAAUUGUGUCCUACUGCAACUUUUCUCCUGCACAUCUCAGUUUUAUCUUGACUGUCUCACAGGAAAAUAUGCAAUUUGUUCAAACAGUGAGGAAACAUGCUCUGGUACUCUUCACACUAACGCCAGUCAUGGACAAAAUCAGAAAGAAAUCCAUCACUGCUCAACAUGGGAGAAGGAUUAUUAUCGCCAUAAUCUCAGUUUUACUUAAAAGAGUCAUUAACACAUAAUUGCGUCUGACUUUCUGCGUAUUAAUAUGAACAUGGUGUCAUUACGGACAGCACCAGCACAUUCACACACAAGAGAAGCCAUGUCACUGCGCACAGUGUUGCAAAAUUGUUAUACACGAGUCUACUUAAAGAUCAUAAUGGCGUGCACACUGGAGAGAAUCCUUUUCACUACUCACAUUUUCAGAGUAGUUUUUCAUAAAGCAUGUACUCUACAGAGACAAUUGCGUCUUCACACAGGAGAGAAGACGUAUCGCUGUUCACAGUUUGGGACGAGCUCUGAUCAACAGAAAGAUCUUUAUAAACACCAUUGCAUUCACACAGGAGAGAAGAUGCAUCAUUGCACACAGUGUGUGAAAGUCAUUAAACAAUGGUGACAUCUUGAAAGACACCAACUCCUUCAUACAUGAGAGAAGCCAUUUCACUGGUUACAAUGGGGGAAGAACAUUGGUUGCCAGCGUCAUCUCAAAACACACCAGCGCCUUCACACAGGAGAGAAGCCACUUCAUUGCUCACAAUGUGAACAGAAACUCACUUUAUUUCCAAACAUUUAAGCGACACAGGUGCACCCCAACAUAGAGCAAUCAGCUUGUGCGACAUGGUCUUCAAAUCUAUAUUCAUGGAUUUUGGCGCCAGGCGGUCUGCUUUGAGUGUACCAACAGUGUACUGUUGAUCUCAUGGAAAUUGCACGUACAAUAGUCUAUAUAAUUUGUUGAAGAUUAAAAAAAAACAACAAAAAAAAACAUAACCUGGGCUUUUAUCAAUCUUCAGCUGUCCAGUUUUGGUGAGCCCUGAAGUAGCCUCAGAUUUCUGAUUGGCUGAUUGCAUGAGCAGGUGUACAAGUUUUUCUAUUAAAGUGGCUAGUUAGUGUAUGCAUAUCUAUAGGAUUUUAUGUUCCUUGAAUAAAGUCCAGAUCCAUUGAGACCCUGAUUAGUAUAAAGUGGUUCGUGAGGAUGGAUGAUUUGGAUGUACGUUUAGUCUAUAGGACGUUUCCAUGUAUUGACCUUGUGUUUAAGCCUAUUGUUUAUUUGCUAUAGCAGCUUAAUAAUGUUAUAAUUUUUUUUUUUACCAGCAGAGGACAGUGUUUUAAAUGCCGUAUUCUCAAAACAAUUGGUUUUUUAUCAGAUAUAAGAAACCUAUUAAUGAAUUUAACAGCAAUUGUAAUACUUUUAUAGACCAUCAUGAUCGUAGUAAAAUUAUGAGGUGCAGUUUCUAAAGUCAUUUAAAGCAGUUUGUUUCUCAGUGAAUUACUAAUACUUUAAAU